UUGCCCCUCAAGGAUCUAAUUUUUUAUACAUCUAUGUAUAACUCAAUCACUUCCUUAGCAAUCUACAUUUUCACCACAUGUGAAUCAAAUUAUUUUGAUUACUUAUUAAUAAUAUAUUUAUCUUUUUAACCCUGAUAUAUGAAAUUGCAUCGAACAGACAGUCGAUGCGCAUCUGACUGAUAAUAUGAUUCCUUGCUCUGUCGGUACGAACUGCAAUAAAGUGAGGGGCUUGUCCCAGGUAGGAAUCAAAUAUAUGUCGAUAUCAACCGCUUCAAAUGCAUUCAAUCGAACGAUAAAAUGCAAUCAAAUCCAAUCAAUCAUUCAGUCAAUGAAAUGCAAUCGAUUAAUCAAUUAAUGAUAUAUAAUUAAUGGUAGGUGAUUGUCACGAAUGAACAUCGUUAAUGAAUGGUGAUGCACUCUUGAUUAUCUAUUGAUACAAAUUGAUUUGUUAUUGAUUAUGCUCUCAGAUACAACCAAUAUGUUGAUUGUUUAUUGAUGGGGCUCAGUAAGAAUCGAUGAGUAGCAGAUGGUGGCCAACUAGGGGCGGUGCUAAGCCUCGUUUAAUGAGGGGGGGGGAGGUAUAGUUUUGCCAAGUCUAACUUGGUCUGUAUUAGCCUACAGUAUGUACACUAAACAUUGGUUAGCAUUGCAUAUACGCGGAUUAUGCAAAAGUCUCCACUUUCACAGAAAACAAACUGUCAAUUUUGUCGACUAUACUUGACUGUUUUCACGGGCACAGCACUCUAUUAGGGGGGAGGGGGGAGGUCAUGUUCCCCCCGAAAAACUUUGAAAUAUAGAGUCCAUGAAAUGGCGUUUCCUCUAUUCUGGGGAAGAUUUCAAAUGACCACAUCAACGAUUGAAACUGAAUAAAAAAUACAUUGUGUAAAUCGAGAAAAUCAAAGUUAAAGUUUAUGUAAAUCAUGAGAAAUUUCUAUCACAAAUAAAGAUACGACACGCUUUAUAUAAUUUUUCUUUCUCAAUUAUUAACUCAAUCAUAAAAUGUGAAAUUUAAAGUUCUUAUGCGUUGCAUAAGAACUUUAAAUUAAGCUUUUAAUUCUAUUUAUUUUUCUUCAAAUACAAGACAAUUACAUAACAAAAAAGUAAAUUAGUUUCUCACUCUGAUGUUACCACAGGUUGACCACCAUCUGCCGUACGUAGUGCUUAGUGAAGCCAUCUCUUUUGAUUAAUACAUAUAUGUUCUCUUAUUCUAUUUAAUAUUCUGUUUGCUUUUGACAGUAUAUACUUGUAUCUCUUAUUCCAGUUAAUUCUCUUUUUGUUAAAUGUUUCUAAUGCCAUCGUUUUCAGAAGGAAAAUGGCGGAGAGACAACCAAAUCAUCAGUAAGUAUACAGGGUGUAUAAAAAAAAGGUAAUCGAACUUCAGCGCGCUAUUAUACGUGAAUUACUCGGCGUAUGAACAAUUGGUUUUCAUAUUCGGAAAGAUCAGGCUUUUAGCUUUUGAAUGACAUGCUUUUCAUGCCAAGAGGAGAAAAAAUAAGCAUGUACGAGGCCGAUAAAAAAGGUUAGUCAAAAUCGCAUAUUUUCACCUCUGUGCCUAAUUAAAACAAUGCAUAACAAAAGAAAAAGCAAUUAAUCACGAACGUGUCGUAGCUUAGCUAAGAUUUAUUCCUACUUAAUAAUAAUUAUGAAUAUGUGCGUAGUUUAAUGAGUGAAAUUCAUCAACUUAUGUACCAAAGGGAGUUCAUUUUCAAUGGUUUUAGACCCAACUCUCAACGGUGAAAAUAUGCGAUUCUGACUAACAUUUUUUAUCGGAUUCGUAUUUGCUAAUUUUUUAUCCAUUUGGCAUGAAGAAAAUAUCAUUCAACAGCUAAAAGCAUGAUCUUUCCGAAUGUAUUAAAAUCUCGUUCAUACGCAAAGUAUAAAUUCGGAUACAAUAGCGCGCUGAAGUUCGAUUACCUUUUUUUUUAUACACCCUGUAUUUCUUCACAAAAUGCCUGCAUAUUUGAUGAAAAUAAUGCAUGGCUUAUGUAAGUGAUAAUUAUAGGGUCAUAUAACUAGUUCUACCUUUGUUCAUAGAUCAACUAAGAAACGAGGCAGAAAUAUUUAAAGAGAAUACAAAAGAAAUUAAACGCAAGAUGUGGUGGAGGAAUAAAAAGGUAAAAUAAGUAACAUACAUACACAACGUGAAAAUAUUACUUCUUCAAAGUCAGUGCCGUGAAAGAAGAGUUGCAUUUCAACAAUAUAAAAGCAAAGAUAGAUGGAACCAUGUGAUUCAAACGUCGCGCUUCUCAUGUGCCGAAGCAUUAAAAACAAUAGAUAAUUAUAUAAUGAGGCAUUUCAACUCAUUAUCUAUUGUUCAGUUUUAAUGCGCUCGGCAGAUGAGAGGCACGACUUUUGAAACAGGCCGUAUACCUAAGGCCUGCAUAUACACGUCGAAUUUCGGUCGCGUCGAAUACAAUUCAAAACAAUAGAUAAUGAAGGUUAAAUCUUAAUGAGGUUUAUCAUCUCAUUAUCUAUUAUCUUAAUUGCAUUCGACGCGACCAAAAUUCGACGUAUAAAACAGGCCUAAAGCCGGUUUUCCACUAGGCGGAAUUUUGCGCGCGGAGCGGAAUCUUUCUUUGUCUUGUGAUUUCUCAAGUGGAACUAAUUAGAAAAGACAAAUAAAAUGUCCGCUGCGCGCGCAAAAUUGCGCCUAGUGGAAAACCGGCUUAAGAGAGAUAAAGAAAACUUGGAAAAUGUGAUGUCUUCUUUGUGUCUUUCAGAUAGACCAGAAAGAAAACAGAUUAUCCAGUUUCAUUUCAGAGCCAUCCUCAGAUUGAGACAUGAAACUGACACUGCAGAGUAUAACGAAAAGUUCCUUGUCUCGAGCGGGAUUCCGGCAUCUUCGGGUUUCUAGACCGCCACUCUACCCAUGCAUUCAUGAGCUAUCAAUUCCAGACAGCGAAUUUUUCAUUGUACUCGACAGUGUCAGAAUAAUAUGAAACUUAGUUUAUCCACUUUCACUGACAAAGUUUGUUCAUUCUCCUCAUUGUAGAUGUGGUUAAUCCUUAUUGUUAUUGUCGUCGUACUCAUUGCUGUCGUUGCUAGUAAGUAUGAUAUAUUCUUCAUAAUACAUAUAAUGCGUCACGAUUAGCUGAAGCUAUGCACAUAUUUUGUAUAUAUUACUUAUACAGGGUGUAUCAAAAAAAGCGCAACCUCGGAAUUUCCCAAGAAAUCGACAUUGUUUUAAAGACAAAAGAUUUUAGGCGCCUGGGAAUUUAAAAUAGCAUAACUGUCAAAAUUACUGCACACACGAGUGCAUAAAGCAAAAUUUAUGCAUUUAUUUAAUGCACAACAACAGUAAUAUGAUCUAUUAGCAAUUCGAUUUCAAUUUCCAGGGGCGUAAAAUCUUUUAUGCUUAAGAAUUGCAAAGUGAUUUCUUAGGAAAUUCCGAGGUUGCGUUUUUUUUUAUACACCCUGUAUUUGCGGAUUAGUGUAUAAUUAUGUAUUAUUGUAAGUAUUGUAAUUAUGAUUUAUGAUUCUGAAUAAAUUUAAAUUUUGAAUUUUGAAAGUUUCUGUUCAUAAUCUUCAUCGGUGUCAUUCUUUACAUUUCCUUCUAGUUUGGCUUGCAGCUCUGAAGUAA